GUUUCUCAGCUGUUGCAGCAGGAGGGAGGGAGGACCAGGGCAGCAGCUCCAAUGUGGAGAAGGUUAUUUCACACUGGGGUUGGAUGAACCUGGUGUGGGAUUCCUUGGAUUUGCACCACAGGGGACAGAAAGGUUGUCCCCGGGAGGCUGAGCCCCCACGACAUGGCUGGCAGCCUACCCAUGAGCUCAGACUUCCAGCAUUACAGUUUCAGGAUGCCGAACAUCGGGUUCCAGAACCUUCCUCUCAACAUAUACAUCGUGGUUUUUGGCACAGCCAUCUUCGUCUUCAUCCUCAGUUUGCUCUUCUGUUGCUACUUGAUCAGGCUCAGGCAUCAGGCACACAAAGAGCUUUACGCCUACAAACAGGUCAUACUCAAGGAGAAGGUGAAGGAGCUGAACCUCCAUGAGAUCUGUGCCGUGUGCCUGGAGGAGUUCAAGCCCAAGGACGAGCUGGGGAUCUGUCCCUGCAAACAUGCCUUCCACAGGAAGUGCCUCAUCAAGUGGCUGGAGGUGCGGAAGGUGUGUCCCCUGUGUAACAUGCCGGUGCUGCAGCUGGCGCAGCUGCACGGGAAGCCGGACCCGGGCCCGCCGCAGGGGCCGCUGCCCGGCUCCCAGAACAUCGUAUAGUCCCUG